AUGUUCUCCAAACUCGCCACUACUGUUGUCUUCCUAUCUUCCUUCACUUCUGUGGCCCUCAGUCACAGUUUUGUGCAGCAGAUCUGGGCUAAUGGAGUACAUUACGAUGGAUGGGACGCGAACGGUGAUCUCUCUGCCUACCCAUCUACCACUCCUGCAUGGUUUACAGCAAACCGUGGCGGAGGACCAAUCAACCCUUUUGAGCUCCGGGAUCCUAUGAUCAUCUGCGCUCGAGGCGGCUCUAACGCCAAUACCUCUGCGCCGGUGAGCCCGGGAACCGACGUUCGCGUUCGUUGGUGGAUGGCUGGACAAACGUGGCCCCGAGGCCACCAUGGUCCCGUCAUCGACUAUAUUGCGCCUUGCAACGGACCUUGCUCCAAAGUCGACAUGACUACUCUCAAGUUCGUGAAGAUUGCACAGCGCGGCUGGAUUGACUCUUCCGACCCCGGCAACGACGGCGAAGGGAACUGGGCUACCGACUUGAUCAUCGACAACGACGGACAGUGGAAUAUCCGCAUUCCUUCCGGUCUUGCCCCUGGCGAGUACGUACUACGUCACGAGCUGGUUGCUCUGCACCCUGCCGGAAAAAGCACUGGACCGUACUCCAAGGAAGGCGCCGAGUUCUACCCCCAGUGCAUCAAUCUGAAGGUUACGGGAAGCGGCACCAAACAGGUCACUGGCGGAGUUGAUGCCAGGACACUUUACACUGGAGGCGAGCCCGGGUUCAUGCUGAACAUUCACGAGACAGGUCCUAGCCACCCCGACUAUGUUGUUCCUGGACCGGCUGUCUGGAGUGGCGCUUUGACGGCUAGGUCUUUCGAAGCAUAG